AUGGGGAAAGGCUGCGUCACGGCGAUCAAGUACUUCUUGUUCCUCUUCAACCUAAUUUUCUUUCUUCUUGGUGCUAUCAUCAUGGGCUUUGGAUUAUGGCUUCUUCUCGACAAUCAGAGCUUCAUAGUUGUUCUCAAUGAUUCCAUAGCUGUCAAGUCCGCGUGCUACAUCCUGAUUGGAGUUGGCGCUUUCUCCAUGCUUAUGGGCUUCCUCGGCUGCUUGGGAGCUAUUUAUGAGAUCCGCUGUCUGCUUGGCUUAUACUUCACCUGCCUCUUGUUGAUCCUCAUUGCUGAGAUUGUUGCUGGCGCCCUCAUCUACUUCCAGAAGGGUGCGUUAAAUGAAGAGAUGUCAAAGAUUGUAUCCAAGGUCUUGGACAACUAUCCAGGGAACAACUCAACCACAGAGCAGGCAUGGGACUUCAUUCAGAGGAAUAUGGAAUGCUGCGGCUGGAACGGUCAAGGAGACUGGAAUGGAAACAUGGUGAUCAUCAACAGCUCACAGCUUCUGUUUCCCUGCUCCUGCCACAACAUCUCCCUCGCGACUGGAAACGUCUCCGAGAGUGGAUUCUGCGAGGCUCAGACACCCGAUUGGCCUGUAUAUGACACGGGUUGUGCUGUCAGCGUGGAGAACUGGCUCCUCACCAACAUUGGAGUUGUCCUGGGAAUAUGCAUUGCAAUCGCUUUUAUCGAGCUACUGGGCAUGAUUCUGGCUAUCUGCUUGUGCAAGAACAUUCACAGGGAGGACUACACCAAAGUGCCAAAGUACUGA